UUCAUUAGCCUUCAUAACUACAUCUUCCUACCCAAAACCAAGAGAACCGUCUUAUCUUCCUCUUCAUCGAUUGUCGCUGUUGCCCUGUCCCUGUUCGAUAACUUUUCUGUUCCAAUGAAGAAGGCAGAGCUAGUGUUCAUCCCAGCGCCUGGAAUGGGCCAUUUGAUGUCUACUGUGGAAGUGGUUAAGCCUUUGGUGGAUCUCAAUCCCAACCUCUCCAUCACCGUUAUCAUCAUCCAGCCACCGUACGACUCUAAAAUCACCGCCUACGUCGACUCUCUUAUUGCCAAUACAUCCUUUAUCUCCACCCGCAUCAAAUUCAUCAUCCUCCCUCGACCCGACAAUGAUGAUACUGCCGCCAAGUUACUAGAUACUUUAGUCCAAAACUCGAGACCACUCAUUAAAGAAGCCGUCACCAAUAUAGUUCAGUUCUCCAGCUCAGUUCCCGACUCACCCCGACUUACCGGGUUCGUUGUCGACAUGUUUUUAACUAGUUUGGUAGAUUUGGCUGAGGAGUUCGGUGUUCCUAGCUAUGCUUUUUACACGUCGGGUGCAGCUUUUCUUGGCUUCCAUUUUUAUGUGCAAGCUCUUUAUGACGAGCAGAACGUUGACUUCGUCGAGUUAAAAGACUCGGACACUGAGUUCAUCAUACCCUCCUUUGUCAACCCAGUUUCUACUAACUUCUUUCCCACUGUGAUGUUCAACCCUGAACUUUCUACUAUGCUCCGUAGCGCGGCAAGGGGGCUUAGAGAAGUCAAGGGGAUAAUAGUAAAUACAUUUUCGGAGCUUGAGUCCCAUGCGGUUGAAUCCCUUUCUGAUGGUAGGCUUCCGCCCGUUUACCCUGUGGGACCCAUAUUGAAUCUAGAUAGUGCAAGUGGGGUCCAUCAGAAUUCUGAUACAACCACGAAAUGGCUCGAUGAACAACCGUAUUCAUCGGUUGUGUUUCUCUGCUUCGGGAGUAUGGGGAGCUUCGGUGCGGAUCAGGUGAGAGAGAUUGCCUGCGCGCUGGAGCAGAGUGGGCACCGAUUCUUGUGGUCCCUACGCCAACCCCCAGACCCAGCAAAGGGUAGGAAUAUCAUGACAAUUCCAAAAGAUUACGACAACGUAGCAGAGGUGUUGCCAGACGGGUUCUUAGAUCGAACGGCUGGGAUUGGUAAAAUCAUUGGAUGGGCCCCGCAAGUGGCAAUCCUGGGCCACCCAGCCAUCGGAGGGUUCGUGUCUCACUGCGGGUGGAAUUCAACGCUGGAGAGUUUAUGGUUCGGAGUACCCAUCGCCACGUGGCCGCUUUACUCGGAGCAACAUCUGAACGCGUUUGAAUUGGUGACGGAGUUAGGGUUAGCGGUGGAGAUUAAAAUGGAUCAUAGUAAAGAUAGUUUGGGGAACGAUGCGGUUGAAAUCGUGAGAGCCGAAAAGAUAGAGAGAGGAAUUAGGUGUUUGAUGGAGCAGGAUACUGAUGUUCGGAGGAGGGUAAAGGAGAUGAGUGAAAAGAGUAGGAAGGCUUUGAUGGACGGUGGAUCUUCUCACUCCACGUUAUGUCGUUUUAUCGACGAUGUCAUGCACAACAUCACUUGAAAAAUUAGUACGUUGUCCAUAAGCUCAUGAUUCAUGAAUGCCAUGCAUGCAUGAUGACUUCCCCUUUCUCAAAGGGCAAGCCACAUUGGAACACUCAAAAACCCGUAGGAAUGUCAAUUUGACAGCUUCAGAACUAUAAACUAGCUAGUACUGCUUUAGGUUAUGUACAACAAAGUUGUUUUGGAUUUGAUUUCUUGUCACUAAUAAUUGUUUGAAAAUGAUAUUUUACAUGGAUGUCAAUCAUA